AUGGUGGAUAAGCUACUCUAUAAGACCAUGGAUAAUAGUUUUGGCAGAAACAUUGCAUGCAGGGAAGGCAAGUACAUAUCCAGAGUUAAGUAUUAUAGCAGUAAGAACAAGAAGAGUCACAUUGGGCACUCAGUUGUGGCUAAAGCCACUUUGCCUCGGCCAUCAUCCAAUCAGAAACGCCUGCGUUACCUUGUUACAUGGCUAGACGGCUGCCCGCGGAAAUUUGAAAUGGCUGACGGAUUGCUGGCGGUUGUCGGGCUGGGGUCGCAGGCUAUGAUUCCGCAGCCGGAGCGCACGGGCUGGGCGGUCGAGGAGGAGUCAGCGCCUCUGGAGAAAGGGACCAUCAUACUGUUCCCCAUAGCCAUGUACCAUUUUCCAUUGCCUAUAGCAGUGCAUUAUGACAUCCUUGAAGACCGAGUUCCUUCAGGACUUAUUGUUGAUUACCGCAAUCUGUUGUCCCAAUGUGAGGAGAGUUACAGGACAUUUUUAAAUCUGAGAAGCAGUUUGUCAAAUUGUAACUCUGAUUCUGAGCAGGAAAACAUCUCCAUGGUUGAAGGGUUAAAAUUGUAUUCAGAGAUUGAACAGUUGAAACAAAAGCUAAAACUCAUUGAGAAUCCUUUGUUGAGAUACGUGUUUGGUUAUCAGAAGAAUUCGAACAUCCAAGCAAAGGGCAUUCGUCCAAAUGGUCAGAAGGUCAUGCAUGUGGUCUCCUCCACCAUGAUGACUGGUCUGCUGCGGUCUCUGCUCAGGGACAGGCUUUGUCAGGAGCCUUGUAAGGAGGAAACAGAAAUUCAGUUCCAUAGUGACCCGUUGUCUGCUAUAAAUGCCUGCUAUGAAGGGGACACUGUGAUUGUUUGUCCUGGCCAUUACAUGGUACAUGGCACAUUCGCCAUUGCUGAUUCCAUUGAGUUGGAAGGUGAGUCUGGGAUAUCAUGCAACCAAACUCUCUUGCAUGAUACGCUUAAGAAAACA